AUGCAAGCGCCCACCGACGGUCUGGAAGGCCUCGUUGCUCACUCCGUGAGGGAGCUGGAGUCUAUGUCUCGCGAUGACGUCCGGAACAACCACUCCGACCAGGAUCUUGAUUUGGAGAGGUGUGCCAAGGUGCCCAAGACUGGGUCUGAGCCUGUCAAGUCUGGCCUGCGCCACGUCCAGACUGAGCAACGUCGCCGUGAUCGCAUCAAUGAAGGGUUUGCUGCGCUCAAGGCGCUGAUGCCCGGCCAGGAGAAAAUGGACAAGGCCACCUUCCUUAACAGCACUGUCGAGUACAUCAAGCAGCUGCAGGGAGUGAUGCAGCAGCUGGUGACUUUGGGUGUCGUCAGCAAGCUGCCGGAAGAGGCCCAGUGGAACAUCCGCGUGUUGCUGCCGCGCAAGAACGAGCUGACCGUGGCACCUUUCACCGUGCCGGCCGCACGCGCAACCGCGCCUCCGGCCGCGCCCGCCGUGGACCCUGCGGCAACCACUGCUGCGCUGCUGGGCAUGCUCCUGACCCAAUCCAACCAGUUAUCUGUCGCCCCCCAGCAGGGUCAGGCUGGGCUGGACAUCGCUCAGCUGGUGCAGCAGGCCGCGUACUCGCAGCAGCUGCAGGCUCAGCAGAGCCAGCUGCUGCAGGCGCUGCAGAUGCAGCACCUGUUCCAGGCAGCCAACACUUCCAAUGGGAUGCCUGUGGAAAACAUGGGGGCGCCAGCCACUGGUGCCAUGCCCAACGUGGGCCAAUUCAUGCCGAGCAACUCCAUGCCUCAGGUCAUGCUGAUGCCGCCCAUGACAGUUGGCUGCAACCAGGGAGCCCCCGCCAGUGUGAUGCCCAAGGCUCGCAAGAAUGGCAAGGUCCGCCGUCACACCACCGCAGCCAGGAUUGCCAAGCCUGCUCCUGAGAUGGACGCCCCAGCAAUGGAUGUUGGCCGCCCCGCGCCCACUGAGGCGCCUCUAGCAGCUGCAUCAAGGACCAAUGGUGCUGGAGGCCCUGGCGACUUCUCAGACAUUCCCAUCUUCUUUGCCAAGAUUGGCGUCUUUUCCAACAACGCAACUGUCAACACUUGGAGACUGGGGUGGAGCUUCACAGCUGGGGAGACAGUGCAGGGAGGCAACAUAUACACAGCUGGGGUGGAUGUGCUGAAGCUGAAUGGCAGCAGCGUGCAGCUGGAGAGCCUGUCUCCCAACAAUACUGUCAAGCCCUUCAGCUGGACCAGCGUCUCAUUCCUGGGCACUAAGGCAGCAAUGCCCACUCUGUCCGCCCCGUACAGGGUGGCGCCCAUCAAUGAUGUGGCGUUCAACAAUCUUGUGUGCGCGCAACUUCCCCUGCAGCCGCAAGGCGGCUCCCCUGCGUCUGCACCCUCUGCUGCGCCAGAGCAGGUGGCACAGGCGGGGAAGAACCUGAUCACAAAGCCCUCGCCGCUGUAUGUCGAGUACGCGCCAGUGGUCUACCUGCAGAACCAGGACCAGUCCGGCAGCAGCUGGCAGAGCGACAUCAACUCUCUCAUCACAUUCCUUGUCAGGGUGGCAAACUUGGGGCAGGAUGGGAGCAUUGAUGCUGGUCGCAUAAAGUUGCAGUACUGGUUCAAUGGACCGUCAGAUAUCCCUGAUGCUGCAGAUCCGCUCUCACAGUUCACCAUGAACUGUCUAGACACCACAACAACGUGUGGAGACUUGACGUACAACAUCACUACUGGUCUGCCAAACGUAAAUGGAGCACGUUAUGUCCUGAACUUAGGCUUCAAGACCGGCGCUGCUGUCCUCUUGAAUGAGACGGAGACGAGUGUCCGGGACCAAACAACAGAAUCAGGGGGCCGUGGUUCUGGGGCACCCAAAGUCAGUGUGUAUGAGGCAUUGCUGCGCAUUGAGAGCCGCCAGUUCCUGCGAGAGAUGAAUGCCAGCUCAGACUACUCAUAUCUUGACACACCCAGAUCUAGCGCCCCUAUCAGCAACACUACCAACAUUGUGCCGCGUCUGGCAGAGCCAAACACCCACAUCCCUGCUUUCCUGGACAAUGGCAUUGCCUGGGGUGGUCAGCCUGUUGCGGUGGCAGUGGCUGGGGCCAAUGCAGAGCCACCCAUGCCCACUCCAUCUUCCAUCAAUUCUGUGGCUUGCGUAGGAGGGGUUUGCGGCCUGUCAACGUUGUACUGUUGCUACACCGUGGACAACAAGCCAGUGGCAGCUGACAUUCCAGAUGUUUGGCCCCCUGUUGCGACCCCUGUGCCAGCAGCCCUGAGGGGAGCCAACCUGAACUGCGCGUCCGGAAACUGUACAGAGGGCGCCCCGUCUCCCUCCCCCGCUGUUCCCUCUCCAACUCCUUCCGCUCCUGCCCCACUGCCAGAAGCUAGCAGUGCGCCUGCGACAGCGCCUUCACCUGCCGUACUGGGCCCUGGUGCAUCGAUUGGGCAGCGCCUAGCUGAGGCAGAGCCGGGGCUUGGCGCGCCUGUGGCGCCUGCGACUGCUGCAGCCCCCGUGCCACCCUUUGCCCCGGGCCCGGGCCCAGUCACUUCAGUGCCUGCAGCCCAGAAGAGCUCGGCGUCCAUCAGCAGCGGCUUUUGUGCGCUGUAUCUGAUCAUCUGGCGGCACCGGCGGCGCAAGCUGAGGAGCCUCGACAGCAAGUCCAGCCCCAGGGAUCCCGGCAGCCCCCACAGUGGCCUGCCAAUCGCGCUGCGGCCACCGUACAAGCAGGGCUCAGCCGACUCGCAGGAGCCCUUCCUUGACGGCCGCCGCAGGACUGCCGCCCUGGUGCCCUGGCGUAAGAGCAAGGCAGGGCAGGAUCUCCAUAAUGCACCCCAGCUGGCUCUGCGGCCGCAUGGGCCGCCUGCUGACAUCAGCGAGGAGCUGGCAGCGAGCAAGGCUGCGAGUCCGGCAAUGGAGCUGCAUGCUGGAGCCGUGGGAAGCCCUAAGCAGCAGCACGUACACCAUGCUCCGCACCGGCUGCUGAGUGGGCUUGCAGACCUGCCAGGUGCGGGCCACAUUCAGGCGGCCGGGCAUCUGCCGAUGCGCCUGCUGAGGGGCGGCAACGCCAGGGAUGCAGCGGUGGGGGGCGCUGCUGUGCAGCGCUGGAUGGGGGAGGCCCAACUGGCACAGAGAGGCGAGACCAGUUCAGCCUAUGGUGGGGCGAGUCCUGUGACUCGGGCACCCUAUGGCUACAUAGCAAACUCGCCGUCUGACCUCCUGCUCUUCACCAACCCCCUCGUCCAGGGCACUCUACCCAAUGACUGGGAGGACAGGUAUCGCAGCGCUGUGGUCUCGGACUGGGCAGGCAGUCCACGUGGCGACGGCAGCAUGCGCGGCAGGCAGUCACCUAAUCUAAUAGGGGACAUGCUUGGGCACAGGCGGACCCCUCGCUGGCUGGGGGACCCCUACGGCCUCGAUGUGAAUGGACAUGCAGUGGCCUCCCCAGACAGGCACAAUCUCCCCAAGAUUGCAGCCUCUUUGGGCAGGCACGUCCCUGCUCUCACGUAUGGGUGGCAGAGGGAGAACGGAGGGAUUGGGCAUCCGGCCAAUCGGUCAGUGCAGACAGCUCCCAAUUUGUCCAGCGGGGAUGACUCCAGCAUGUCCAUGGACUGGGCUGCCGAGGAAGGAACAGACUCGGGGAAGGUGGGCCUCAGGAGGGUAAAGUCGUGGACGGGGGCGGUGCAACAGAUCCCUGAUGACAUGCGGGGGGAGGACCUUCCUCUCGACAGGCGGCGACUGCGGCGCGCCAUGUCAUCGGCUGCCAACCUGCCGCCGCUGGCAGCGCUGCCGCCUCCCAUCUCCAUGGGGAUCCCCCCGCCUGCAAACAUCGACAUGGACGUCGAUUUUGAGGCUGAGAUCAAGCCUCACCUGAGGACAUGCCUGGGACAGGGCGGCUUUGGGACAGUGUUUGAGGCAACAUGGCGAGGGAAGAGGGUUGCUGUGAAGGUGCUGCAGGGCCUGGACGGCGGAGGGAAGACGGUGCACUUCGAGGCGCUCCGCCGUGAGGUGCAGCUGGCUUCGCGCUUCAACUCUGAGCGGCUCGUCCAGGUGUAUGGUGCCAGCCUGAGGGACCCAGCAAGUGCAUGCCUGGUGAUGGAGCUGGUGCAGGGAGGCAACCUGCACCAGCGCAUUUACAACACCAGCCAGCCUCGACUCUCCCACCUGGAAAUCCUGCAGAUUGCGCAUGACGUGGCGGAGGGGCUGGCGUACAUGCACCCCAGCGUCAUCCACCGAGACCUCAAGCCCCAGAACAUCCUCAUCGACGGUGCCGGCCGCGUCAAGAUCGCCGACUUUGGGAUCUCACGCGUGAAGGACCCGGCAAAGACCUUCCUGUCCACCACAAAUGUGAAUGGAACGCCCCAGUACAUGGCGCCGGAGCAGUUUGCCGGCGCGCGCUGCGAUGAGAAGGUGGAUGUUUAUGCUCUGGGCACCAUCCUCAACGAGUGCGCCACUCGCAGGCCGCCCUGGCGCGAGUUCAACAAUGCAUUCCAGAUCAUCGUGCAAGUGGCCAUCAAGGCUGCAAGGCCCGCCAUGGAUGCAUCCUUCUCUGAGCCCCUGCGCCGUCUCAUCGCGAAGUGCUGGGCACAGGACCCCCGAGCACGCCCAAGCUGCUAUGAGAUCAUGCGGCUGACGGAGAUCCUGCUGGCGCAAGCCAAGCGCAGAUCAGAGCACGGUGCAGCACAGCAAAUUGCCCAGCAGUCAGACAGGGAAGCCCAACCGUGCCCUGCAAAGGAAAAGCCCAAGCAUCUGCGCCGGGCCUCUUCUGAAGGAGGAGCCAGUUGA